AUGUCGGCUUCAUCUUCAUCUCAGGCGCUGGAAUACCUCGAGGGUCUGCCUGUCGCGACACACCGGCGGCUGUAUGAGCAGCCUUCCACCGUGCUGGCGGUGCUCCGCUGCAUGCUUCCGCAUCUUGCCAAAUCCAUAGUCUUUGCGAUGCUCUACAGACCCUCAUCCUUCCCCGUAGCCGACAUGGACGCCUGGUUCAAGCCUUCCGCUAGGAAAGAGAAGGAACAGGCUCUCUUUACCCUCGAACGCCUACACAUCAUUGCCCCUGCUAAACAGGACGACGGUACCUUCUCGUGGACUAUCAGCAAAGACUUCCAGGGCAGCCUACGAAACGCCCUCGAGGGCUCCGGUACCCACCGCUCGUUCGGCGUGCCGGCGACCAGAGAAGAGAGCGGCGGAAAGCGGUUAAGCAUCGACUUCCUCGACGAAUACUCGCGAUCGCAAUGGGAGGGUAUACUCUAUUACUUGGUGAGCGGCGCGGCUGGACUUAGCAGAGACAGCAUCGAGAGAGCAGAAGUCGGUCCUGGAACGAAGAAGCUGCUACAUACCGGUGACCUUGUGAGGACCGUACAUGGAAGUCCAAGGAUUACCAAAGACGGCUUCUCUUUUGUGCUGCAAGAGACGAACGCCCAAGUCUGGAGUCUGCUCAUCGUCUACCUGAAAAUGACCAACGAACUCGGCAUGUCCGAAACCGAAGUGUUAUCCUUCCUCUUCAUGCUUGGUUCCCUAGAACUAGGCCAAGACUAUUCCACAUCCACGCUCUCCCCCACCCAAUCUCAGAUGCUCGAGGACCUCUCCUCCAUGGGCCUUGUCUAUCGUUCGGACAAGAACGCGCGAACCUUCUACCCCACGCGCCUCGCCACAACCCUGACCUCAGAUUCCGGCAGCGCCAUGUCCGCCUCCUCCAACGACAUCGCCCAAGCCUCCCAAGGCAACGCCGGCCCCUCGGCAUCCGCAAACAAGGGCUUCAUCAUCAUCGAAACAAACUAUCGCCUCUACGCCUACACAAACAGCCUCAUCCAAAUCGCCAUCUUAUCCCUCUUCACCAAACUCCAACAUCGCUUCCCCAACCUCGUCUCCGGCAAACUCACCAAAGAAUCCGUCCACAAAGCCGUUCAAUCAGGCAUCACGUCGAGCCAAAUCAUCUCCUAUCUGACGACCUACGCGCAUCCUCAGAUGCAGAAGACUAUUCCCUACAUCCCGCCCACGGUCAUGGAUCAAAUCCGACUAUGGGAAUACGAAGGCGAGCGUGUGGAGACUACAACGGGAUACUUGAUGCGCGAAUUCGGCUCCGAAUCAGAGUACAGGGAUGUGCUGGGGUAUGCGGGUGCGCUCGGUGUGCUGGUGUGGCAGAACGACGCGAAUCGCUGUUUCUUUGUGAGUCAGGUGGAGCAGAUUAGUGCGUAUCUUAAGAAGAAGAAGGAGACUAGGGAUAUUGCUCGGGGACGGUAG